GAGCCGCCGCCGCCGAUCCCCGCGAGGGAUGUACAAGAUGCUGCGUCCCAGCUGGGCUGACGUCUCGGAGUACAUGGCAGAGUACUGGUCCGCCAUAGUCGCCACGGUCAUCUUCGCGCUGGUCAGCGGCGUGACAAUCUACUACACCAUCAACCAGCUGAACAAGAACAUCAGCCUGAGCCUGAUGAAAGCCAUCAGGGCCAGGGCGAAGAAGUACAAGAAGCUCAAGGACAAGGUCCCCGCCGCCUCCCACAUCUGGAGGAAGGAGCCCGGCUCCCGCAGCAAAGGCCUCAAGUGCUGCGUGUGCCUGAAGUCCGUUUCGCCGCCGCAGUAUCUGGGGGGAACCAUCCACCAGUGCGACAUCUGCGGCGCCACCGCGCAUCCUAGCUGCUCGGGGAACGCACACAAGGACUGCAAGUGCGUUUCUAUGGUUGGGCUUGACCACGUCAUUCACCAGUGGGCCGUUCAGUGGAUCGACACGGCGGAUCGCUCUGAGGAGGACUCCUUCUGUUGCUACUGCGAUGAAUCUUGCAGCGGAGCGUUUCUUGCUGGGUCUCCUAUUUGGUACUGUAUGUGGUGUCAACGGCUGGUGCAUGUUGAUUGCCACAACAACUUGGCUAAGGAAACUGGUGAUGUCUGUGACUUGGGCCCGUUGAAGCGGCUGAUAUUAUCACCUCUCUGUGUCAAGGAGCUUCAUAGGACUGGUGCAGCAGGACUUUUCAGUACUAUCACAAGCGGGGCUAAUGAAUUGGCUUCUACUGUCCGGGAGACGAUCAGAAUUCGUAGUAAAAGGUACAAGAAGGGUAUUACUUCUUCUGGGGAGAGCUCCGGUGCUGCUGAGCCACCAUCUGACACUGAAGGAGACUCACAAGGACCAAGCACUCCCGCUAAGAGGGAUGAUCAUGCCAAUGGUAAACUUGAUGAAGUACAUCAGAGCUCUGAAUCAGAAAAGGAUGAACAGUUUAUAGCGGAUAAAGUCACUAGCAGGCCAAACGUCCAACCUGAGAAUUCCCAUGCCCAGAAUAAUCAAAAAUAUCAAAUCGUGGACGUUCCUUCUGAUUCUAGGCCAUUGCUAGUGUUCGUUAACAAGAGAAGUGGUGCCCAGAGUGGUGAAUCACUGAGGCAACGCCUGCAGAUCCUUCUUAAUCCUUUGCAGGUGUUUGAGUUGGGCAAGGAUCAAGGACCAGAAGUUGGUUUGGCUUUAUUUCAGAAGGUGCCUCACUUCAAAAUUCUUGUUUGUGGUGGUGAUGGCACGGCUGGUUGGGUUUUGGAUGCCAUUGAGAAACAAAAGUUUGAAGCACCUCCUCCUGUAGCCAUCCUUCCAGCUGGUACUGGCAAUGAUCUUGCGAGGGUUUUAUCCUGGGGUGGUGGUCUCGGUGCUGUUGAAAAACGGGGAGGUUUAUUCUCAGUUUUGAAAGAUGUCGAGCAUUCUGCAGUUACUGUUCUUGACAGAUGGAAGAUCACUAUAAAGGAUAAUGAAGGAAAGCUUAUGCCUUCACCAAAAUUUAUGAACAACUACUUUGGGGUUGGCUGUGAUGCAAAGGUUGCUCUAGAUAUCCAUAACCUGAGGGAGGAAAACCCUGAACGAUUUUAUAGCCAGUUCAUGAAUAAAGUGCUUUAUGCAAAAGAAGGCGCAAAGAAUAUGAUGGAUAACAUGUUCUAUUAUUUUCCAUGGGAAGUCAAGCUUGAGAUAGAUGGAUCCAACAUUGAUAUUCCUCAGGACGCUGAAGGUAUCCUUGUUGCAAACAUCCGGAGCUACAUGGGAGGUGUUGACCUAUGGAAGAACGAAGAUAGUGUCUCUGACACUUUCCAACCUCAAUGCAUGCAUGACAAGAUGCUGGAAGUAGUUAGCUUCACAGGAAUGCUGCAUCUUGGAAGGCUGCAGGUAGGGCUUUCUCGCGCACAAAGGUUAGCUCAAGGAAACCAUAUAAAGAUUGAGAUCACCACUACGAUGCCCAUCCAAGUUGAUGGAGAGCCAUGGUCUCAGGAGCCAUGCACCAUAGAAGUUUCUCAUCACGCCCAGGCCUUCAUGCUGAAGAGAGUCUCCGAAGAACCUAUAAGCCACGCUGCUUCAAUAAUGGCUGACAUCCUGGAAAACGCCGAGAACAGCGGUACCAUCUCAGCAUCGCAGAAGAGUGCUCUGCUUCAGGAGAUAGCGUCUAGGCUUUUGUAGGAAGCUCUGCGCAACACGGUCGUGGAACUCUGUAGUUUGCCCUAGAACAUUUAACCGCCUGGUCCCAUUUGUACAUACAGUCAUGGCUUCCUUCUAGGAUGGCCUUGUGUAUAAUUCUGUAAAAUUUUGUAGGAGCACUACCAGAAAACUGCUGUUGUUACUGGUCAGCCUAGUUUUUGGUGUUUCUGGGAAAUGUUUUCUCAGUCAGUUGUUUGGCUUGUUAGGUGAGGAUGCUGAUUCGGUGUGAUGUUAUGUGCGCAGUGCUAAUAUGAGUCGAGUGCCUUUUUU